AUGUACGAGGUAUUUGUCGUUGCUGCAAUUGUCCAUUCGAAGUGGCAGUCGCUUGGUAUUGGCGCUGCUUACCAGGUCCAAAUACACAAGUAUCCAUCGAACAGUUCUUGGGUGACCUUCAGAGCUUCGGAUCAGGAGCGUGACGCCGAAGCCGAACAAGUUGAUGCGUCUGUGUGGGAGGCUCGAUCAGAGAUCAAGACCGUGCUCUUCCUCGGCUCAUCCAGCGAAACCAAGCCGUCGAUCGGAGCAGUGCUUGAUGUUGGCACCUGGCGUGACAACUUCCAUGCGACGCCCAGAAACGAGCGACAAAGGCGUCAACGGCGUGUAAAACCUCAAACACGAUCCUCGAUCGAGGUAUGCGACAUCUCCCUCCAGAUCUCUUCUCAUUGUGUUAUCGUGACCACCUUGAAGCUAUUCAUAGCGACCAGAGUCUGUUGCACGGUUGAGAGUAUCGACGUGGUCCUCGUGCGAGAACUUCAACGCCCCAACAGGCACAUGAUACUCCAAUUUGAGCUUGCGCUCCCGUACCUCGAAUCUCCCUUUCGUACACCAUUCACAAGGCAACAACCUUGAGAGGAAGUUGGCGAGCGUCCGGGACUAAUCGGAAGGUCGGCGACAUGACCGCGAAGCUGUUCAUUUCGUAUAAAGCGAAACGAAUACCGAAAGAUGAUUAGGGUUAAGAUCCGAGCCUGCCCUCCUCACGCGCGACUCCGCUGUUUCCAACGAAGUGCACAAGCCAACAUGCAAACGACCCAUUGAGACCAUGCUAAGAGGCUCGGGUGUGUGUCGACCAUGCAGUGCACGUGAGGUGCGGACGAACCGCAUUCCGAAGGGAAGACAGACAUCGGUAACUGUGGGGAAAGCGACAUGCGGUGGAGCUUGCAGAGAAGCGAGAGAACAAGUGGUGUCGGAGGGGAGUGUUGCGCGACCGUCCCGCCGUUGUGGACAUGGUCAGAGGUUGUUGAUGAAGUGCACGAAAUCCAGGAUCAGGUAAUGACAUAUGUGAACAGUCGUAGUGGAUUGGCCAGAGAUAGACGCUGUACGGUUAUUGAGGCGUCGGGGUGGU